AAAUUUCCAAUUUUAUCCCUUUUUUUCUUCAUCUUCUUCGCAAAGCUUUUUUCUCCUGAAUAUUAUUUUGACUAUUUAAACCCUCUCUUUAUCUCAAUUUCCUCUCAUUUGUUUUUUCUCAUUCUUCUCAACAACAAAAAAAAUUCUUCCUUUCAGACCAAAAAAUUUGACCAACCACAAAUUUUUAAUCUUUUUCCCCACUUUCAUUUUAUUCCGAUUCCUCUUCUUCUAAUUGGAACAAGUCUCUGUUUUUAUCUCUCUGUUUUCUUUUUGGGUUUACUCUGUUUUUUCAUUUAUCUUGGUUUUGAGUUAGUUAAAGAGAGAUGGGUUUUUCGAAGAAAUCUCAAUUCGAAGGAGGUUUAGAAUCCGACGGGAAGAAAUGGGUUAUCGCCGGAAUUUCGAUUCGGGCUUCGUUGAAACCAGUCAAGACGAAACUCAGAGCGCCGCCGGAGAUAGUGACCGAAGUUGAAGAAGAUUGCUACAACGAAGAGGAAGAGUGUUCGACGACACCGACAGCGAAGGAAACGAAGAUACCGGAGUUAUUGGAAUGUCCACCAGCACCGAGAAAACGACGGCCGGCGUUAAAAUGUCGGAGUAACGUCGUUAGAGAGUUUUUUACGCCUCCUUCUGAUUUAGAGACGGUGUUUCUACGUCGCCGUUAGUGAGAUUUGAGUUUUUUUUAAUAUAGUUCUCUAGUUAUAUAUUAGUUACAGGCCAUGAAAACUUUGGUUAUUAGACUUAGAGUUAAAAAUAUAUGAUAAUGAAUCUAAUUAUGAUAAUGCGUAUCUUCCAAAUUAGCCUUGUUCAUCACAUUUGGUUUCAUUAAUAUUUUGGUUAUACAUAUAUCAACAAAUAAUCAGUCCAGAUUUUAUAAAAACACUAAUUUGAUGUAGAAAAUUUUAUACUCAGAGCCUUGGAUUAAGCCUACGGAGACUAAAGGAGAAGUGACGCGAGCAAAUCUUACCAGUUAGCUCAACUACCUAAAUAUAAUAAUAAAAUUACCAAUAAUUUGUGACAAGUCCACACGGCAAGCUUUUGACUCUCCACUAUACUCGUUUUUUUUGGGCAAAUCCACUAUACACGUUUAUAGGUUUUUUUUUUGUUGUUGGUAAAACUCGUUUAUAGGUUAAUAACUUAAACUAUGUAUUUGCAUAAUUAUUGUUUCCUUUAUCUAAUGUUCUAGAUGUGGGCCAAUAUAGUUUUUAUUAACAAAUAAU